UCCUCGAGAGCGCUGUUGCUGUACUUCCUGUACGCAGAUGAUGAUGAUUAUCGGGUUAUGUUAAUUACAUAAGCAAAACGUAAAUGAUUCGCGGGAAAAGGUGAAAAAAUGGCGACGUUCACUGACUGCAUUUCUGCGGCGCUUGAGCUGUAAAAACACCAGAGACUCUCGUGCACAUCGCGAAUGGGAUUUGGGGCUGCCAGAGGAGGAAUAGCUGCACUUUUGGCGCGUGUUACCCGCGGGAUUGGAGAGAAAUCAAAGCGGAAGUGUAGUUGUGUCUAUUAUCAGCAUGUUGGAAUCGGCCUGUCGGGACGGAUAUCUGACAGUUGGGUCGGAACCUCUAGAAGCCAAGCACUUGCUUCCCAAGAGAGAGAAAACCUACAGCGACCAGGAGACCAACUUGACUGUGGGCCAGUACGUGCUGUGCCGCUGGUCUGACGGCCUUUACUACCUGGGCAAGAUACAGAGAGUGAGCACCUCAAAACAGAGUUGCUUUGUGACGUUUGAAGACAACUCUAAGUUCUGGGUGCUUUGGAAAGACAUACAGCAUGCUGGGGUCCCUGGGGAAGAACCCAAAUGCUCAGUGUGUUCUGACAUGUCUCUGGUUCCUGGUAAUGAAAUUCUUAUCUGCGGGAAGUGUGGAAUAGGCUAUCACCAGCUCUGCCACUUGCCCCCAGUGGAGAGCUCAGCUGACAUUCCUCCAUGGUUCUGCAGGAAGUGCAUUUUUGCUUUAGCUGUGAGAAAAGGGGGAGCUCUGAAAAAGGGGCCAAUCUCCAAAGCGCUGCUGAACAUGAAGCAGGUGCUACCCUAUAAUCCAGAGGAGCUGGAGUGGGACUCUUUGCAUCGUACGAACCAUCAGCAGUGCUACUGCUACUGCGGAGGACCCGGAGAGUGGUAUCUGAAAAUGCUGCAGUGCUUUCGCUGUGAGCAGUGGUUUCAUGAGGCGUGUACGCAGGGCCUACAGGAGUCCAUGAUGUUUGGAGAUAGGUUUUACUUGUUCAUUUGUGCGGUGUGCAAUAAAGGAGCGGAAUACAUCAAGCGGCUGGCUCUCAGAUGGGUGGAUGUGGUCCAUCUUGCCCUGUACAACCUGGGAGUCCAAAGUAAAAAGAAAUAUUUUGAACUAGAGGAGAUCCUGACCUUCAUCAGCAACAACUGGGACCAUUUCCAGAUGGGCAAGCUCUCCAAUACUCCUCUGUCUGAACGGGGCCAGUAUAUUCUUGAUGCCCUCAACAACUAUAAAAGCAAGUUUCUCUGUGGCAAGGAGAUCAAGAAGAGGAAAUAUAUUUUCCGACUAAGGACAAGGGUCCCUCCUAACCCCCCAUCUAAGUUGUUUCCGGAGAAGGCCCAGAACAGUGAGGGCCACGGGGGCCACAAGAAAGGGGCCAGCAGAAGCAGUAGCUCUGUUCCUGCAGAGAAGCGGAGGAAGAGGUCCAAGUGGCUGCUGGAGGAUGCUAUUCCUAAUAAUGACCUCACGUCUACCUGGAGCACCAAUCAUCACAUGGCCAACAUAUUCGACUUCACGCUGGACGAGCUGCAGAGUUUAAAGAGCACCAGUUCAGGACAGACGUUCAGCAUGGACCAGGACUCCACCGAUGCAGCCAGUACUUCUGGUUCCGCCACCACCAGCGUCUCCUAUGACUUCAGGAAAAAUGUGGGCAGUCGGAAGAGGAAGUUGCCCUCCUCUAAUUACACCGUGCUGGCCACAAAAAGAGAGAUGGUGGAGCGUGAGCUGAGCCCCAUCAGCAUGCCUGGAGAAGAGAGUAACGUCAUGAUGGAGAACAGCAUCAACAGCCACACCUUUGAGAGCAUCAGGGAGGACGAUUCCUCACUGUCUCACCUCAAGUCUUCCAUCACCAGCUAUUUUGGGGCGGCCGGUCGGCUCACCUGCGGGGAGAAGUAUCAGGUUCUGGCUCGCAGGAUCACACCUGAAGGCAAGGUGCAGUAUUUGGUGGAGUGGGAAGGAACUACACCUUACUGAAUAUCACAGAACAGAGGUGUGGAACAGAUGGGCCGCGAAGGAAGGUGUCAUGCGUUCCCCCCAUAGUUACUUUCUGUUUUGCUUUUCUGACAGUCAUAGUUUUUUCUGAUAUUCUGGUCUUCUCACAUGUGAGACAUUAAAGUCUUUGUUUUUCUUGAAGUCAUUUGCGGUGUCCUUUUUGGGCACUUUAAACAUCACAAAAAUGAUUGAGUCUAGUAACAUACUAACCUUACACAGUAUAACAUCAUUAUUAGGUAGCAGAUAAAGGACAGUAUUAUACAACCUGAAGUCAUUUCAGUUUAGUGUUGGGAUUCAAACAGUGUAAAAGCAUUCGCCCCGAGAGUUUCAGUUCCUGUUAUUCAGGAUUUCAAAGUUUGUAUCAAGUUUUAUCGAGUUUAAUGUUCAUCCAAAAAUGAACGUUUGCUGAAAAUGUACUCAGCC